AUGCUGGGCACCACUCUUAGUUCAAUAAUGAACUUCCUGAUCCAAACGGCUUCCUUAGCUGCAUCUGAUGCUACUAUAUACUCAGCUUCAGUUGCAAAAUCGGCUAUUGUGCUUUGCUUUGAGCUCUUUCAGCUUACUGCCCCACCAUUUAAGCUCGAGCUGGCAAACUCAGAGGCAUGCCUUCAAGAGGAAGAGGAGAGAAACAAGAGGGUGGUCACAGAGUUAUACAGUGCUUUGAUCUCCAAAGACAGUCACAAUCUCCAUCGUUUUCUAGCUUCUGAUCUGGAGUGGUGGUUCCAUGGCCCUCCAAGCCAUCGUUACCAUUUGCUUCCUCUCCUCACCGGGACUUCGUUGUCGUCUUCUUCUUCGGAGAAGCGUUCUGUCGUCGUUUUGGUUCCUGAUGUGGUCGUAGGAUUUGGAUCACUGGUCAUUGCUGAAGGAUAUGAUGAAACCAACCUUGUGUGGUGGGUUCAUGCUUGGACUCUCACUGAUGGGAUAAUCACGCAGGUCAGGGAGUAUCUGAAUACUUCCCUCACCGUCACUCGACUUGGGAACGAAGGAGACCCUGCCUCUUCAAUGACAUCAUCGCCAUCUUCAUCGUCCUCCUCCUCUUCCUCCUCCUCCUUCGUUGCUUCCAUGUGUCAAAGCAUUUGGCAGAGCAAGCUUUGUGAUGAGUCCGUCCCUGGUCUUAUUCUGGCUGUCUAGGUUUAAAAAUGAUAGUCCAGAAUUAAAGGCUUGAAUCUACAUAGAAUCAAACUUACUAUAUGCAUAUCAAGAAUAAGUGAUACAUGCACGGGUGUGUCUACACACACACGCACGCACGCACACGCACACAGAGACUGUGUUAUAUGUGAAUGUGUCACUCUUUGUUUAUAAAUUGCAGUGUGCUUUUUAGCUAAAUAAUUUUGUGUUAGAAUCACUAAGGAAUGUCACGUGUUGGUGUGCCUGCUGGCCGGGACGGAUGUACUUGUAACAUGGAAAAAAAAACAUAUAAUGAUACUAAAUAUUUCGUUGGCCGCCAUUUAAAAA